GUUUGUAAGCUGUUGCCUGUGUUCACCUUACCUGUUUCACUUGUGGAGAAGCAGUUAUGGAGAAACAGUCAUGUUCACCAGGAUUGACUUGGGACCCUCUUGUGAAGGAUUGUACCACCCUCGAUACCCUGGAGAAGCCACAGCUGCCUGUCAAUGCAGACUUCCAAGAAGCAAGAAGCCCCAGGUCCCCAGCAGGCUCCUGGUCUCAGCUGAACCCCACCAUGUGGGUGUGUGUUGGGGUCGUGAUGUGCAAUACACUCCUGGCUCUCCUGCUGUGGUUCUUCAUUUACAGACGACUUGGCCAUAACACAGGUAAGAGAAACCCAGACUCUCCAGCUGGCUGUGAUCAGAAUGGGACCUUGCUUAGGCCACCCUUGCUGAGAGUGAAAGGAGACCCUCCUGCUUCCUGUCCCCACACGAAUGGCAGAAUACAGGAAGUGUCUAUCUGUGAAAUGGGCCAGGGGUGGGACACGUGUACAGGAAGAGUGGAGCAUGGAAUCCCUCUACCUGCUACUGAGUUGGGAGACUCCGCCCUUGUAACCACCAAAACAGUGCAGCCUGUUGAGGUCUAACUGUAUUUGGUAUUUUGCUGGUAUUAUGAAACUAAACAUCAAAUAAGGAUACUCUUUAGAGUAUUAACAGGGUAAUAUUAAUCUUCUCAAUUAGUUUAUGUAUCAUUACAACAGGUUUGGAGCGAGAGAUUACGAUAACUCCAAAAGCCCAUAAGAUCAAUUGGUGCUGAAUGCAUCAGUACAUACUAAACUAAAUAUUUCAGCAUUAUAUAUGGAACUAAAUUGUAAUUAUUAUAUAUCAUAACAUAUAGUGCAAAAGCAAUAAAUAAAUAAAUAAUAAUUUAAAAAAA